GUCACCCGCGGUCGACUGGUGGUUACUCGGGCUCGAUCACUGGGGUCACCUCUGACCUGUCUCUCUCCGUCAGUGAUGAGCGCUGGUCGGGUGUGGACGAGGUGACCCGGGGCCGACUGGGUGUCACCUCGCUGGCUGACGGGGAGUUCUGGAUGGAGUUCAGCGACUUCUGCGCCCAGUUCGAGGAGGCCUCCGUGUGCACACUGGGGCCUGAUUACGACAAUGACGGCCGCGUGGACCACGUGGGACAGGUGCAGCAGAUAAGGGGCGAGUGGGUUCCGGGCAAGAACGCCGGAGGCAGCCGGAACAACUUUGAGAAGUUCGCCACCAACCCUCAGUACCUGCUGACCGUGGUCGACCCGACACCAGACGAGACGGAUGACGACGACUCGGAUAAGGUGCCGGUGCUGGUGACGCUGAUGCAGGAGUACAGGCGGUCCCAGCGGCAGUUCGGUAUCAAAAUGGCACAGAUCGGAUUCCUCGUCUACAAGGUGGACAACCCGAUCCAGCGCGUGCCGCAGAAGCACUUUAUGUACCACUACGAGGACGCCUCGUCGGGCACCUACAUCAACUACCGCGAGGUGGCGGCGCGGCUCGAGCUGAAGCCCGGACACUACGUGGUCAUUCCGGCGACGUUCGCGCCCGAGACGCCCGGACACUUCAUGCUGAGGGUGUUCUCAGCCGGUAACUUCACCCUCAAACAGCUGCCCGACGCGUAAACACCUGUGGAAAGCUGUGGGCAGCUUCACUCUCAACCAGCUGUCUGAUGUGUAACGGCUGGCAGAGCCACAGCUCUGUGGCCAGCUUCGCAAUCAACCAACUGCCCGACGCGUAAAAGGCAGCAGGCAGUUUCACUGUCAAACAGCUGCUUGGUGUUGCUUGUAUGAAGCUGGCAGCUUUCAUCUCUAAACGACAGUGUGAAGUGCAGGCGAUCGUCAGCCAGUGAUCGCUGUCCGGCGAAGCGAACCGAUCUCUGCGCGGGGUACGACUGACAAGGACUGAAGUAGGUGGAUGAUCCAGCCGAGGACUAGAGAACGGUUUCAGCCUAAGAGACUAGCAGUUGCAGAUUACGAGUUACGACACUGUGGCCCAGAUAGCCCCAGACUGCGGCAGCUGCGCACUGGCAGCUUCAGACAGCCAUGGCGGCUAUAGACUGCAGCAGCAGUGGCUCAUACCGCUACACUGGUUCCGUCAGCGACAGAUCAGCGGUUUUCUGGCUGCGACAGCUGCGGAGAAGCUAAAACCUUCGACCAUUCCGCGGCAGACCAUUAGGCGGCAGAUACCAUUCCGAAAGCCGCUGCUGUGGUCGUUUCCCAGUGCGGUACCGGUGGGUUUACGAGUGCGGUAUCGGUGAGUUUCCGAGUGGCGGCAUCGGUAACAGUUUCCGAGCGGCGGCGGUGGCAGUAAUUUCCGAGUGCGGCGGCCUCGUACGUGGACCGCUGCGACUGAGCGGCCAACGUGAGCCGAUCUCCAGUAAUGGAGCGGCGCUGACUGUACUGAUCCCGAGCCCUCCGCCGCCGACCCUGAGCCUUCCGCCCCGGCCGACUGCGCACAAAUAGCUCUCACAGCUCCGACAGUACAUGUUACUCAACCCCGGCACAAUUAGGCUCCAGCGCCGCAACGCUAGAGCAGUGCUGGAUUUGCUGGAAUGUGAAUGGAGCUCUCUGAUGCUACAUGACGCUUUUGACAGUCUAUGAUAAGCAUACAUCGUAUAGUAUACCUAGUCGCUGUAGUACUCUUACAAUUUACAUCGGCUAUAAUUUUGCCGGACGUCAAGCGCAUUACAUUUUUGCUAUUGUGCCAUUGUCCGCUACAGCAUUCCAUAAAUAUCAAGGCAGCCAGCGUAUUGAACCACCAUAACGAUUACAUUCCCUCGCUUCAGCGUCAGUUAGGCAUAUGCUCGCCGGACACUGCGGUUGGCCAGCUAGGAUAUUAUCCACGUAUUGAUCUCAUCAAUCACGACAGGUGAUAUUAGUUUCCAUACUCCUACCAGUCACACUGUUUGCGGCGAGUACCUGUAUCGGCCGCGUCGGACGGAUAUCGCUUUCAUAGUCGUGUCACCAGUAUCCCCUGGUUACCUGGCUCGCACCAACUCCCGCCUUCAGACCUCCUAAUGCACUUCCCCAGUUCUUUUAGCGGCACUCGCGACCCUUUCCUCAAGUCUGGUCCCUUUUCUGCGCUCUCACGGUGCCUUCUGGUGCAGUGGAACAAUGCUACAAAUCCGACACAAAAUGAUGAUAGCGUACUGAAAUGUUCAACGCACUGCGUUAGCUACCUAUGUUAGCAUUUGAUACGCCGGUGAAUAGUUCUCAAACUAUCUUCAUCCGUUGUAUGUCGAUUACCUUCGAGUUACCAUUGAUCUACUGAUGAGUAUCUGGUCAGCGUCUUUGUAUCGGAACAGUCCGGACAAGGCACCGCCGAUCGCUGUGAACGGCGAGCCGGGUGCCGCAGUGCAGUGUGUUGACGUAAACCGUGUGGCGAUGUCGUGGUGCAGUGUGCCGGUGCCUGUCCGCUGAUGUGCUUUACAGCGCCGACCUCUCUCGCUCGCUCGUUGUGGAUCAGUCGCGGAUCUCGGGGGUGAGUGACGCACAAGUGCGACGGCGAACUGGUUCAUCCAAAUGAUAAUCUCGCUCAUCAGAUACUCAGCAAAAGAGCCAGAGUGGGCAUCUAGAAGCGCAAUGAAUUUUACUUCAACACGGGUGGGAGCGGUCUAUGACAUAAGGUUGUGUGCGUUGAUUUAUUGUGUAUUAUCAACCAACCACCUAGAUAGAAAAUAUUCAGUAACAUUUUCUGUGCGAAAAUGUCUGUGAUAUCUCGCAUACAUAGCUGUGUCAAAACAGGCGAUAUUUUGCUAAAGCAUCUAGUAGUCGGUAGCAGCACGUUUCGUCUUAAACAGAAAGUCUGUUUGAUGGUUUAAUUUGUGAUACGCAUCGUGCGCCGCAGCAUUAAUUCGUAAAUACACAAAACAACAAAA